CAGCUCACAGAACGUAAUAUAACACAAAGCUUCGUUAGAAAGAAAGAAAUUACAAUACGUAUAAUAAUAUAAAAUAAAAAUGAGUAUCAAAGCAAGAUCUUCUGCUUCUGAGCUUUGUUGUCGUAACCUCAAAAUUUCGCGUCACGUUUGAAAGAGAAGUGGGGAAAAAAACGAUACAAAUUUGAAGAACAUCUAAACGUCUGUUUUCGAUCAACGUAUUCUCUUCCGUAGAAUAAACGAAACGGGAAAAGGCGGAGAAUAAAGUGUCAAAAUGACUAGUAAAAUUCAAAAAUUUGAAAAUGAUGUCGACGAACUGAAUUCCGAUGAAAAUGAGAGACCUGCUGGUGAAAGAUGGGCUCCAGUCGGAGCUAACGAUGGCGACGAUGAUUUUGGAGAUGAAUUGCGGUACAAAUAUACCCAAAGCAUGGAAAGCCUGUCAUGCGAUACAGAAAGACUCAAGAUAUUGGAAGAAGAACAGGAAUUGCUCAACUCUUCUUUGAUUGCAUUAACAACACAUUUUGCCCAGGUUCAAUUCAGGUUGAGACAAAUCGUCGAUGCUCCAGCAGCACAGAAAGAGAGUCUACUGAAAGAACUAGAGGAAUUUGCAUUUCGUGGAAUACCAGAUGUGCCGAGUAACUUGUGUGCAGAAAAUCACUUAGCUCCUUCUGCAGUUAUGUCAUCUCACGAACAAAGCGUAAUCAGUUCAAUAAGCGACAGUGAAGUUGAAACUAAAAUGGCACUGCAACGGACAAAACAACGUGAGUUGAUAGUUCAACUCAAGUCGCAGCUGGAAGAUCUAGAAAAAUACGCUUAUGAAACUGGAGGUGCCGGUCCACCCCAAAGCGUUAUAUUGGAACGUCAAAAUGUAAUCAUCAAUCACCUUAAAGAAAAAUUGAACUUUGACAUUGACGAUCUAUGUAAACUACCACUAGAAGAUUUACGGUGGCAAGUUGAUUGCGCAAUUAGUCAAAUCGUUAGCCCAUUGAAAAUGAAGGAACAGCUUGUGACGCAACUUAAAACUCAGAUCACAGAUCUGGAACGAUUCAUAAAUUAUUUACAAGGUGAAGUAAGCCCUGAGAGCUUAGCCUGCACGUGUGCAUGCCCUGUACACACAAACGGAACUGCAUCAUCGUCAUAUGGGCGAAGAUCAUUCAAGAACAGAUCGGAAGAUGAGGAAAUACAGUCUAAGACUCUGUUUACAAUAAGAAGAGCUGCGGCCUUACUUCACAUGUUCGCUUUGUCACAGCUGGGUUGUAGCAGUGAUCAAGCUAGAAAAAACAUGAAAAAAAACGCUGCGCGAAAUUGGAGGGACUUGAGAACACGAUUGGACGUUGCUGUAGAGCAUGUUCUAGCACAGAUAGCAGAGGCAAAAAACGACACCACUGAGGACAAUGAUUAUACUUCGGAUUCAGACUCACCGACAACCCAGUCCAACGCCAAAAUUACAUUCGCAGUUCGAAAGCAUCUCACUGUAAGCAUACGAGAUCUACUGCAACAUGGAUUAACGUUAGAUAACCAAGCAUCAAGUGUUGUUCCAUUCGUCGGCUGUUUUCCUCAACGACACAAUUCUGCAACGAAUUCUAUGCAUAUAUGGGAAUUGAUUUUGAAGUAUUACGACAUCAAGAAUGGUCACACGUAUAAUUCCAGUCCUGCUCAGAAACUUUCACAGAGUUUUAACUUGGAUCUAUCAGACAGAAGUACAAUUUCUUCAAAACAAAGUCUGUUAACCACUAUUGGAAAUAUUGUUGCGUCGCAUACGCCAUAUAAAAGAAGUUAUGAUUCUCACUUCAAAGCUUUUGUUUGCGCAGCAUUGAAUCUAAACAAAUUGGUUGUCUGGCUAAAGUUGAUACUGCAAUCACAGUACCUAUUGGAGAACUAUUACACUUCAUGGAGCUACGUAGUAAAAACUGGAUUUCAGGAUGGCUUUCAUUCCUUGGAUCGUCUUACUAAUUUUAAAUUCGAUCUACCCGUUGACCUGGCUGUACGACAAUUCCAGAAUAUCAAAGAUGCAUUUUAAAGUGAUCCGUAAAGCGUUAAAAUUUCCAAAAAUUUCAUUGCCAUUUAGUGAUUAUUCAAAACAUUCAUUCCCACCCGACUUAAUCAUAUGUACGUAACAGUUUUUCAUAGAUCAAGUAUUGCAGACGGACAGGACGACGAGGUAAUUUUUUUAAGGACUUGAGGGUAGUGUUUAGUUGAAAAGCGCGGGGUCUUAUAGGUAGUAGAAAAAAGCAAGGAAUAAGGCUUGCCAUUAGAUUUGUGUUCCGCAGCAUAGCGCUAUACCCCAUUGCGCUGAAACUGGCAGAGGAGAAUUAGUGAAUCGACCCUGCCUUUAUUGUUACCAUUCAACUUGCCAGUAGGUAAUUCGAUUUCGUUCGUCCCCUUCAGUUUAACCCUAAGACCAAAAAUACAUUUGUAUCAUAACUUCAUUAAGCUAAGUGUUCAAAAAAAAA